UCAAAGUCGUGUAGUGUACGGACAGCAUUACAUUUUCACCAAGAAUUGGACCUGUUUUCUUGGACCUGCCCUUAUGGCUGUACACAUCACAGUACCUAUAGGUGGCGGGCUGGGUGAUAAACUGAAACUGAACUGUGGUGAAGAAGAGCUGAAAUAGGAAGAAGAGGCAUAUGAAGAAAAGGAAAAUGAUAAGAACCUACAGGCAGAUGGAAUAAACUGCUGGUUUAUUCCUAUAUUAACCAUCCAGCUAGUUAUAUCCGGCUAAUGUCGCAUUUCAUCAGCUUUAACCGCACCUGCUUUUAAACAGCGUCUUCCUGCGCUCGCGCUGACAUGUGACUCUUAUCUUUUACUGCGAGGAUAUUUUUAAUUCUCUAUUAAAAGUCCUGAACUUGGCUGCGCGGUCCGUGUGCCAGCAGGUGAACGAGAGGCUCAGAGGAGAAGCAGAGCUGGGAGUUCAUCCGUUAACGAGUUAAAGUGUGAGAACUGAAAGCAUCAUAUGUGUCACCUGGAGAAACAAGAUAAUGGCAGAUGACAAGGAUGUGCUGCGAGACGUUUGGUUUGGACGGAUACCGACAUGUUUUACACUGUACCCAGACGAGGUCACAGAGAGGGAGGCAGAACCAUUUUAUCUCCUCCUUCCAAGGGUCAGUUAUUUGACGCUGGUGACCGAUAAGGUUAAGAAGCACUUUUUGAAAGUAGUGAAGACAGAGGAUGUAGGGGAGAUGUGGUUUGAAUAUGAAGGUACACCUCUUAAAUGGCACUACCCGAUUGGAGUGUUGUUUGACUUGCAUGCCUCAAAUACUGCUCUCCCCUGGAGUGUCACUGUGCAUUUUAAGGCUUUUCCUGAGAGAGACAUCCUCCACUGCUCCUCCAGCUCUGUGAUAGAGGCCCAUUUUAUGUCCAGCAUUAAAGAAGCGGAUGCACUUAAACAUAAAGGCCAGGUCAUUAACGACAUGCAGAAGAAGGAUCACAAGCAGCUGUGGAUGGGCCUGCAGAACGCAGAUAAAUUUGACCAGUUCUGGGCCAUGAACCGCAAACUGAUGGAAUAUCCCACUGAGGAAGGAGGCUUCCGCUACAUUCCAUUCAGGAUAUAUCAGACGAUGAGUGACAGACCGUUCAUCCAGAAGCUGUUCCGGCCUGUCUCUCCUGAGGGCCACGUUCUCACCCUGGGAGACCUGUUGAAGGAGAUGUUCCCUGCUGCCAUUUGCCAGGAUGAUGAGCCAAAGAAGUACCAAGUGGUGAUUCACGGGAUCGAGCCACUGUUUGAGACGCCGAUCCAGUGGCUGAGCGAACACUUGAGCCAUCCAGACAACUUCCUCCACAUCUGCAUCAUCCCGUCACCGAGUGACUGAGCCGUGAGAUUUUCAAUGUUGUCGCGUCAGGAUCUGGACAAUCAACAGACGGCUCGAACAACAGAUGAACGCGGUUUUGCCUCUCUCCGCCUUGUCCCUGAGGGAAUUUAUUUUUUCCGGAUGAACUUUUCACUUCACUUUUCUUUCUGUGCUUUUUUUUUUUUUUCUUUUUUCUUUUUUUUUAAAACAAUUUCUGCGUUCACCUUCAUUCGUCUCAAAGUGGCGGAACUCUUGGACAAAAACAGGAACUUUGUUUUUCCGAAUCAUCUGAAAUGAAAGCGGAAGACCACUUGGAAAGCAACCGAUUUUAUUAUGCAUGCCAUCGGGAUGUAAAGAACAAACUAUCUGUUUGCUAUCUGGUCAUCACCGUCAGUAUCCAAAUGGUAUCUGCGUAUCGUAUCCGUCAUGUAACAAGUUAGCCUAGUAGUAACAGUAAUGUGCACUUAACUGCUUGGAAAACGUGUCAUCACUAUGUCCUGUAUUUGAGAUAUACAUUUUAUAUUUUAUGGCAUUUGACUGACGCUCUUAUCCAAAGUGACUUGAGUGACAGAAUUGGGCCAAUGUAGUGUUGGGAGUCUUGCCCAAGGACUCUUAUGGGUAUAUCACAGCAUAGUCACCCAGACAGGGAAUUGAACCCCUGUCUCCUACAUGAUGUGGUAGCUCACAAGCAGGUUGGUGUGGUGAUGUAUGUGUUAUCCACUGCGCCACACCAACCAUCAACAACCAUAUUAAUCUAAUCGUUUGAUGGGAACAGGUAAUCAGGACUUUUUAAAAAUUUACAUUACUAAACAAUAUAAAUAUUAUUGAGUUAUGUUACUUGUUGCUACUGGAGUUUAAAGAACUUGAAAAUGUUACACCAGCUGUCAAAGGAAUAGCGUGGAGAAAAAGCAAGUUAACAUGAUUAAUUGAUUUAGAUUCACCAAGACAUUUUCAUAUCUGAUGUUGGCUUCUUAAUUUUAAAGGUUUAGAUGGUCGCUUAUCUUAAUUUAACAGGUUAAAUAAUGAUUUGGUUAAACAGCUUGAGCACACCUUAUUUACCUUAUAACCACAGCUAUAUAGUAUUGUUUUGCUUUGAAAUUCUUCCUAAGAAAACAGAAUUAUACCAAACAUUGUGCUAUAUUUAAGAUUAAAGUGGUUCCAUGUAUCUUAAAUAACCUUCACCAUUAGGAGAAAUAGAUUUUGGGUGCAGUGAUGCAUAAUAAAGAGUACUCACAUUUGUUGAAUAGCCUACCUCUGCUCUCCCGCAGUUUUACGAGAUCUGGUAACUUUGUGCAGUUUGUCAAAACAGGCUAGAAUGGGUAUGUCACUGUACUGAUCACGACUUCACUUUAAGAUGGUGGUGCCUGGAGAUGUAGGUUACGCUUUGGGUUGUAAACAGUGAUUUUUAAUUAACUUCUUGUGCAAUUUUUAAAGUUCUGAAUGCCUCAUUUUUAAUGUCAGGGUUGUCAGAGUUCUACCAAUGAGGUGUGGAGCUACUUUGAUCCUGAUUAACGGUGUAAAAAGUGAUUUAUCUGCAGGGGCAAAAUAUGCCCUGUUAAAACUCAUUUUAGCCUGUUUGGACAAACUGCUAAAAGAAAAUGCUGGACCUCAGGAAGCUGUGGGAAAGUGGAGGUGGGCUAUUCAACAAAGGUAAGAACUCUUGAAGAUGUUUUACUACAUCGAGAGACAAUUUCACAACAGAGUUCUCCUUUAAACUCAGUUAAGAAGUUUAUUGUUUAAUGGUUUUUAUGGAUGUAGUAAGUAAUUCAUACCAUGUUUUCUCUUAACACAAUUUAAGAGAGAGAGAAGUCUUGUUCACUUGGGAUUGUUAUUGUAAGGUAAUUACGAUGCAAUUAGAAUAGCCUCCCAUGACUUUUGACAUGUCUUAUAGAAGCUAAACAAACAACACUACAUUGACAUGUGGGAUAGCCUGUGAUUUGCUUAUCACUUGCUGCAUAGGUAUUUCUGUCUAGAUGCUAUCAGUUACAAUCAUUACUACCCACUGUGCUGUCUACUGUGAGUGGUAAUGCCACCCAAUCUGUUCCCAAUACACAGGCGAAACUGUAAAUUAAGGAAUGUUAAAUGUAUAAUCCAUCAAACGCCAGCUAUCGGUCCUUGAAAUAGCUCUGGCAUCAAGCUAAUUCCCGUUUUGGCCAGUCAGUCAGUGUUUAAUCUUUGACUCACAAGAUAGCUCCUCACAGCUUACACAGGUGUGGGUGUUUCCAAUAUGUUUGCUGAUUUUUGCCAUGUCCGAAAUGUAUGUACAAACGUACAAAGAAAAUUAGUAUUAUUAAUAGAAAUACGUUUUUUUUAGCAGUGUUAGCCUAGCAUCUCCUAUUGUAAAUGUAAAGAAAAAGCACACAUCAGAUAUAAAACAUGUCUUUGAUCUCUGAUUAUAACUGCAUCUAGGAUCAGCAAUGAAUCAUGUAUGUUGAUUGUACUGAUUUUUCACCAAACUAUUCCUUUAAGACGUUUACAUCCCUGGUAUGCAUUCCUGGAAUUUCUGACUUUCCCUUCUACGAUCAUUCAGCAGUCUGACUUGCUCUCUACAUGAUGCCUUAGAUUUCAUACUAUAACUGCUGUGUCUCACCACCUUCACACCAGCUCAUACGCGACAGUACCGCCGCUGCCGCCGUCGCAGUGUUACAGAGCCUCAUAUAUUCUUCAACCUCUCUCUCCUUCCGUCUCUCUCAUCAUGACUAACGUGCUGCCGAUGCUCUUAGAUCUUCUCUCGGCGCGCUGUUAAUUAUCAGUUCCGAUCCUGUUUGUCGUUAAAUGAGACCACUAAACUGCUGUACUCUGCCAAGCCUCCUCUGAGGGGGGUAAUUACAGACACGGUUUACAGGCACGCACGGGGGGGUAGGUGGAGGCGUGAAAAGUACGAAUGGAAUUAUGUCUUGUCUGUGGCAGGAACUGUCAUACCGUUUAUGCCAGGAAAACGAGGAGAACAAGCUUUUGGACUCUUGGACUCUAGGCGCCAUGAUGACAUCACACGCUCAGCAGAUCCCCAGAUCCAUGUGUCAGACUAUGUGACUGCAGGCUGGGAAGAUUAUGGGAAUAUGGGAAGAUUCAGCAGGAAAGAAGCCUCUUGGGGCGUCUUUUGGAGGAUUCUGUCUGGUCACAAGAAAAGUCGAACUGGAGUUUUACCAUUCCACUCUUUCGGUUCACCACUCUUCAUGACUUGAGAUUGAUUUUGUUUUUUAUUUAUUUAAUUUUUCCACUGUUUUUUCAAUUUUCUAAAUAUUUCAGAGGUGAUGUAAGAUGUUAACAGUCAGAGUGGGUUUCCAAAAGAGUUGAGGAGAGCAAGUUUAUAUAUUAAUACCCUUAAUUUUAGAAGAAAAAUGCAGGUGUCUCGACACUUGGACAGAUUAGGCCCCCCGGGAACCUAAAUCUGUAUUUAUUUUCUUUAUUCUACCUUGAGUGGUGGGCUUAUGUGUUAUUCCUACUGUAGGACUUCAGUAAAAUUUAUGGCAGAUACACACAGGGUAAAAAAUCUCGAUGGGAGUAGCUACUCAACCUCCAACACACACACGCAUUGGUAGUGAUGACCAAUAUUAUAACCCAGUUAUAUAGUAAUAAUGAUUUUUUUUGUUGGAUUUUUGCAGUUUAAUGUUCAUAGGCUAUGCUCCUCACUAUAGAAUGGGAGAUCCUAAAAGAUCCUAAAAGUCAGGUUUAUGUCAGCACACCCCUGGCCAGUCAAAAUGUUGCACAAUGAGUCCAGCCUCUCUUCUAGUCUGAGCAACCUGGAGAGUUAAAUCUAAACCUGGAGAGCUAAAGCUAGACAAGCAAAGCUAAAACCAUACUUCUCCUUUAGAUUUAUCUCUCCAGAUUUAUGUUAUGCCUACUGCCCAUGCCUACUCUCACCUUUAUUAUCAUUAUUUAUGGUGGAAUUGCCCUUUCAUUGGCUCUAUAGAUAAAAAUAAAAAAACAA